AUGGCCAGCCCACUCAGCACUCGCAUCGUCGUCCUCGUCGGCAUCCUCGCAGUCAUCCUUCCCGGCAUCUCCCGCAUCGUCUCGUCUCCCUUUGCGCUUCUCCUCAUAUCACCCCUCGUCUUCGUCAUAUUCGCACUUGCGUAUCUAUUACUCACGAUCUAUGUAGGAUGGUACCUCGACGGACAUAGGCCACAACCGCGCAACCACCUCCGCCACGCCGCUCGUCCCUUUGUCUUCUCCACCCCCGCCGCCUGGCAAGCUGUCCUCACUCGCUCGCAGUGGUCACAGAACACACCCAAGACUCUCCCGCCCCUCUACCCCGAAUCCCACCAAGUCUCCGAUGCCCUCAAUGAUAUCGUCACCCUCAUCAUCCGCGACUUCGUCUCCAACUGGUACGAGAACCUCUCUAGCUCACCUGCAUUUCCCAUCGCCGUCUCUUCCAUCAUCCACGCCUCACUCGAGGAGCUCAUUCAACGAGCCUCCGCCAUAGACCUCUCCUCUCUCAUCGUCAAACGCAUCCUCCCAAAGGUCACUGCGCAUAUCGACCAAUUCCGUCAAUCCGAAGUUGCUCUACGUGGCGCGGGCCUCGAGCGGAGGUUGACCCAGUCCGAAGAGCUUGACCUACUACUUGCGAGCCGGUAUGCAAGCAAAGGAGUCAAACUGCAUCCUGCCAUCGAGAACCUUUCCACUACGUUCACGCGUCAGACCGAAGAGGCACACAUCAGGCAACUCGUAGACAAGGCGCUUCCAUUCAUUCUCCCGCCCAAGGAGCGCAAUUCCAAAGCCCUCAAGUUGGUCACUCGUGAAAUCGUCACUUGCACGGUUCUGUUCCCAGUGGUCGAAAUGGUCGCUGAUCCAGAUUUCUGGAAUAGGAUGAUAGACCAGGUGGCCGGUGCAGCCAUCCACCAACAACAACUGAUUUCGAAAGUCCGAAAUGUACUGGAAUCGCAACUACCGCGUCAGAAGAACCGCGUAGCCCCUUCCAACCCCGUUGCCCCUGGCGUCACAGAACGUAUCACAAUUCGCACAAACGUCCGCCAAUUCGAAUCCUUCUUGCGCAGCAUAUCUCACACCUCUUCCUUGCUUGACGCUCGUCGUCUCAAGAACGAUAUUGUGGGAGAGAUACGAAGAACAAGGCUUCUGCUAGCAAACCAUGAGAAGGAAGAUUGGAUUGAUGGGGAAAAGACAGAGGAUGUAGUCGCUUUUCUGGACAGGCUCUAUACUGCGAAGCGAAGGGUAGAAGAGAGAAUCGUUGUUUUAGGGGGCGAGGAUGAUUCGCAGAAGCAGACGCCAAUCCAAGAAGCCGAGCCGAAAUCCAAAAUCUCUCUUCGAGACAUCCUCCGCAACCCCAAUUCUCUAUCCUACUUUAUGGAAUUCAUGGAUCGACGACACCGUUCGCAACCUGUCCAGUUCUGGCUAACAGUCGAAAGCUUCAAGAACCCGCUCGAGUCCGUCGACUCCGACACCUCAGGCGACGAAGAGGAGAUCAUCCAGGACCCCUCGACAUCAACCACAGUCAAAGAGGAUAUAUCCAUGAUCAACGACCUCUACUUCGCGAACAACAAAACGCACCCCGCGCUCGCCUCAAUACCGAAGAAGCAUGUCGACAUCAUCCGUGCGUUCGUGCUCGAGGCGGACCCGUCCGUCGCAGCGCAGAGGAGGGUAAGGCGGAGCGUGCUUCUUGCACAGAAGCAAGUGGAGAAGGACAUGGAGGCGGACUUUGAGGAGUUUGAGAGGUCGGAGCUGUGGUUCAGGGCUGUAGGGGACUCAGCGUUCUCAAGCAGCAAGGCGGGGGUGGACCCGUUCGCGAAGGAGAGAGACCCGCUGCUCGACUCACCGAGACAGUCGAUGUCGCCGACUUCCAUGCACCAGCUAAAGCAUCCGUUCUCGGCUCCGUCCCUCUCAUCUACAUCUGCUUCGACGUCGACUUCGCCUCCACCCUACCAUGCGCUGAGCAUGCAGCGGACCGUCAGCUCGACGUCGAACCGGUCUGCGCAAUCGACGAAAUCGAGCGGACAUCCACUCCCGCACCCACAUCCUCUGCCUCACACGCCGUCGAACAUCGAGAUUCUUAUGUCGGCCGUUCCGGAGUCGGGCUCCGACUCAGCAUCAACGCGAGCGCCGUUGUUCGACGACCCAGAGGACGAGAUGCAGAGGGCAGAGGAGAAGCGGAUGGAGGCUAUCCAGGCUGCGCUGACGGAUAUUAUGGCGCUCGAGCAGGAGAGGGGCAUGGAGAAGCCGGGCCGAGGGUCGGUUGGGAGGCAGAAGAGCUUGAAGGGGCUGAUGGGUGGGGAUAGGAAAGGCGGCCCGCUGUUUAAUUCUGUGAAGGUGUCGUCGAAGAAGUCGGCGAAGCGUGCGGCGGUGAUGUUUGAUGACGACCCGAGUAUCAUCGAAGCCGACAAGAACGCGGAGGACGGCGAGGAAGAGGCGGAAGGAGACGCAGACGCCGAGGGCGAAGGAGAGGCCUCAGGCGACGGCUCGCCAGAUGACAAUGACAACGAACACGAACACGAGCACGAACACGGCACCUACCAGCUCGCCGCCCCAGGCGACCUGCAGCUUUCCUACGAGAUCUCCCGACUGGGCGCCAACAUCUCCGCCCUCGAGGCACAAGACGCCAUGCUCGGCACCCUCAUCAAAAAAGCCGAGCUCACAGGCGACGCCCAGGAGCUCCGGCUCCUCCAGCGCUCCAAGAACUCAAUGACGCGCGAACUGCGCGAGCUCGCGUUCCAGAAACAGCAGUACGAGAUGCAGGAGCGCGCGAACCGGCUCAUCUCUGACCGGACGAGGGUGUGCAUCAUUAAUUCGGCGGUGGCAGAGGAGGAGGGGAAGAGCGUGGUAAGGUAUUUGGUGGAGGUGCAGCAGCUGGCGGGGGAUGGCAGCUUUGCGAGUGGGUGGGUGGUCGCGAGGAGGUAUAAUGAGUUCUUGGGGAUGCAUAGUAAGUUGAAGGAGAGGUAUGGGAUGGUAAGGGGUUUGGACUUUCCGGGGAAGAGGUUGGUGGCAUCCCUCUCGGGGAGCUUUUUGGAUACGAGGAGAGUUGCGUUGGAGAAGUAUUUGCAGAGCCUGAUCGCUAUCCCGGUCGUAUGCGAGAGCGACGAGCUCCGCGCCUUCCUCUCGCGCGACUCGCCCUUCAUGACCCAACCCACCACCACCAACAAACCCACAACCCCCUUCUCCGGCACCGACCUCGUGCGCAACGUCUACCGCUCCGUGGCCGAGUCCAUCGACGACAUGUUCUUCGGGCCCUCCAUGCUCGAUGUCAUGAUCCAGCGCCUAACGCGACAAGCCGCCGAGUUCACGGGCAUCGUCGGCUCUGGGGUGACAGACGAGGACCUCGUCGCGCAGGCGCUGAACGCCUCUGGAGCUGGAGCACCCGAGGCGGCGCUGAUGAAGCUCUCGUCGAGUCUGUCGGGGGAUCUGAAGCCCCUGGAGGGAGAGACGAGCACGUCGACGUUCUCUGCCCCGAUAUGUGAUUUGAUACUGGCGGUUUUCGAGCUGAAUAAGAAGAAUAAUUGGCUGAGGAAGCAGGCGAUUGUUAUUAUUUUGCAGCAGGUUUUGGGUGGGACUAUCGAGCGGAAAAUACGCGAGAACGUACGCGGUCUCCUUAGUGAGAGCAGGUUGAUGUCGUACAUCAACAUCUUCCGCGACGGCCUCUGGCCAGGAGGCAAGCUUAAGCCUCCAGGUGUCCCACGCACAGCAGAGGAGAAGAUACGGACGAGGGACGAGGCGAAUAGGAAACUCUCCUCUCUCGUUCCGGACCUCGCUGCUAACAUGAUCGGUCGGUCGAACGCCCGUCGGGGUGCUCGCAGGAUCUUUGCUGUCCUGCAGAACAGAAGGCUGAACCAGCAUAUCGUUUAUACUAUCGUUGAUGAGGUAUUCGCGGCUCUGUUCCCUGAAAUUUCCUCCACGACGACUACCAACCCACCACAACCAUGA